GUGGAACUUUGGCCCUUCGUUUUCACAGAAUGUGAAGUGAAAAUUUCUCGUUCAGAUCCAAAACGUUGAGCUGAAAGCAAACAUGUUCAGGUUUUCUCAAAUAGUCUGUUUUUCUCUGAUAUUUGGCAUCACAGCAAAGCCAUAUAAACCCUGGAACAAACUCACAGAUGAAGCAUUCCAGGAUACAGUUAUGUCCAUAGAUGACAAAGGAAAGAUGCCCUGGGGAGUGGAAGUGGAGCCUCCAGAGGACAUGGAUCAGACAGACUAUGACAUCGACCCUAGCAUGAUGAUUUGGAAGAGUAUGACAGGACAGGGCAAACAGCCCCUGAAAGCCGAAGAAGACUUGGAUGAGUUGUACCAUCCUUCAAUGGUCGAUCUCCUCAAAGUUCAAAUCCCAAAUCGGGAUGCCUUCCCUGCUGCCGACUUCCAGGCAGAGCCCUGGCGGGAAGAUGCCAACAUAAAGUACAAUCAGGAACCAGAGGAGGAUAAAGAUGCCAUCGACCACCCUGAUUUCAAGGUGGCUAAAUACAAAGCUGGAGAAGAGGUCCGCGUUGCACAGUCUGAACUAGAAAAGGAUGAGGAUGAGCUGUAUCACCAUGACAACCAGGGUCCACCUGUGCAGAUGGAGUUGCUGAGCCGUGAGGUCAUGGGUGAAAGUGAGGUCAGAGUUCACCUUCAACCAGAGGAGGACAUGGACGACCUGUACCACAAAGAUCCUCUGAAGCUCAUCCCUUACCAAGAUGAUACUAAAGCUGCCGCUCCUGUGUAUUUACCGUCUCAGAGAAAGCACAGCGAACCAGAGGAGGAUCUGGACGACCUCUACCACCGCUGAUCCUUCAACAAAUCAACCUGUGUAGAUCCGAAUCAUUUCAGAUCAGACAC